GCAGGGACGUGGGCGGAGCGUGGGCAGCGGCGCGCUGAGCUGGGGCUCCGCUGGGAGCGCGGCAGCGGGGUCCACAUUGCGCGGCAGUUGAGUGCCGGGCGGCUUCGGCGGGCGGGCGAGGGCCCAGCAGAGGUCUAGGGUGAGAUCUGCUUCGCUUUGGCUCACUGAGUCCUGUGAAGAGGUCCACAUGCUUCAGCUUACCCAUCUGUUCAGCCAGCGCUCACUGAGCAUCUGUUCUGUGCCAGGCCUUUCGUGGCUGGGCUGAGGCAUGAGCCCCCGGCUGUGUGGCUGGGCCCCUUAGCGCGUCGCUGGACAGAGUGUGCGCCCACACAUGGUGUGGCCCUGCAGUGACCGGUGACCGGAGCAGCCCGGGCUGCUGCCACGAUGAAGUUGUUGGUGGCCAAAAUCCUGUGCAUGGUGGGCGUGUUCUUCUUCAUGCUGCUCGGCUCCCUGCUCCCUGUGAAGAUUAUCGAGGCAGAUUUUGAGAAGGCCCAUCGUUCAAAGAAGGUCCUCUCACUCUGCAACACCUUCGGAGGCGGGGUCUUCCUGGCCACGUGCUUCAAUGCUUUACUUCCGGCCGUGAGGGAGAAGCUGCAGAAGGUCCUGAGCCUCGGGCACAUCAGCACCGACUACCCACUGGACGAGACCAUCGUGCUGCUGGGCUUCUUCAUGACCGUGUUCCUGGAGCAGCUGGUCCUGACGUUCCGCAAGGAGAGGCCGGCCUUCAUCGACCUGGAGACGUUCAACGCCAGCUCAGACGCGGGCAGCGACUCGGAGUACGAGAGCCCCUUCAUGGGCGGCCCGCGGGGCCACGCGCUCUACGGGGCGCCCCACGCGCACAGCCAUGGGCUGAGUGUCCAGGAGCUGACGCGCUCCAGCCCGCUGCGGCUCCUCAGCCUGGUCUUCGCUCUGUCAGCCCACUCCAUCUUCGAGGGCCUGGCCCUGGGCCUGCAGGAGGAGGGGGAGAAGGUGGUGAGCCUGUUCGUGGGCGUGGCCAUCCACGAAACGCUGGUGGCCGUGGCCCUGGGCAUCAGCAUGGCCCGCAGCUCCAUGACCCUGAAGGACGCGGCCAAGCUGGCGGUCACUGUGAGCGCCAUGAUCCCGCUGGGCAUCAGCCUCGGCCUGGGCAUCCAGAGUGCCCAGGGCGUGCCUGGCAGCGUGGCCUCCGUGCUGCUGCAGGGCCUGGCAGGCGGCACCUUCCUCUUCGUCACCUUCUUUGAGAUCCUGGCCAAGGAGCUGGAGGAGAAGAGCGACCGGCUUCUCAAGGUCCUCUUCCUGGUGCUGGGCUACGCUGUCCUGGCCGGCCUGGUCUUCCUCAAGUGGUGAAGGCCCCGCCUCCACCGGCCGGAGCCCCGCCCCGGCCCCGCCUCCCCGAGGGAGCAAGCUCCGCCCAGAGCCGCUGUCCGCGCACAGAGGUGCUGCCCGGGACUGGGCCGCGCCCUGGGUCCUACACCCCGAGCCUGGGGGCCCCGCUACAACUUUUACAAUUACUCCUCUUAAAAGUAUUUACCAAAGCUGUGUGGCCAUGUCAUCGUCUAGCCAGGGAAUCGUUUGACUCGUAUGGGAGGCAGGGCCAGACCCAGACCUUCCUCUCCCUGCACACCACGGUGUGGACGAGGGCGGGAGAGGCCGGCUGAGCUGCUGUUGGAGGCCCCGAGGCCUACCGUCCUGUGCACUCCUGGCUCCGGUGCCGACACCUUAGGCACCCUCAGCCUUUGCUACAGCCCCACAGCACGUGGCUGGUGCGCCCCCAGGGUUAGCAGAGGUUUCAGUGAGCGGUUUUCAAAAGGAGUUCCCCAGCCAGGAGCCUCUGGUCCACAAUGAGCCGGGAGGCUGCAAUUCCUGCCACCCGAUGCUGCGCUUCUGGGAGGGCGAGGUCCAGGGGGCCUCAGGACUGCUCUCUUCUUCCCUGCUUUCUAUAAGGGCCCCUGCAUGGGGAGGUUGCUCUCCAUGGUGCUGGGGCCACUAAGCAUCCCAGUCCCCGGGGGCAACAGGGUCCCAGGGCAGGAAAGAUGUGUGGGCAGUCCAGGGUGGCCCACACACCCAGGGUCUCCAGAGCAAGACGGCCUCCUACAGGCCGGGGACAGGGACCACGUGAUGCAGCUCUCCCCACCAGACAUGAAUGAGACCAGACUCCCUCUGGGGGUGCAGGAGCUGGGAGACCAGCAGCCCUGUGCGGCUUUGCACCGUGGCAACAACCUCUGUUAACAUAGUCCUGGCAACGGGUGCUGCCCCAGGGAAUGAGCCGCAGCUGAGGGCCCUUCCAGGGGGCUUCCCAGUGUCUGCCUCCCAGCUUGGAGGGGCGACCUCCCCAGCUCUGUUCUGGGCAGUGAGGGCCUGCUCGUCACUCAACCCUUUCUACAUCCACACUCCUCCACACGGCUUCGGGCUGGACCAGGUGCGCACCCUCCUAGAAUCCCCGAUUUCCUUCCUGCCUCACCCUCGGCCCCUGCCCAGACCCACGUUGCCCACACACAGGCCAUUUAAGCUCUCAGCAAGGAAAGCCCCACCCUCCACCUUAAGCCCUGGGUUUGUAAAGGCCUCCAGCCUGUGGCUUCGGCCUGGUGGGGGUUCUAGGGUCUUGUCCCAGGGGCACCCCAGGUGCUAGCCAGCCGCAGCACCGGACACAAGAGCACACAACCCUGGCCCUGGCCCCCGCCUCCUUCCAUGUUGCUGCAAGUCUCAGGAAGCAGGGCCAUGUGUCCAAGGCCCCCAUCUGCUCUGUUGGGCCCCCGCCCCGAUGCUGUUGGAAGUAAUUGGGCCUGCUUCCAGGAACUUCUGUAUGAUUUACCAGGACUCACUGUGAACCCCACAUGGCCUGACCCUGUCCCUAUGCCGGGAAAGUGACCUCUGUAGGUGUGGGAACUUCACAUCCACCUUGUCCUAAACCCGGCAUUGUUGGCGUCCGCCUGCACCCACAUCACUCCACCUUUGCCUUGGUGGGCAGGACACUCAGGACACUGGAGCCACCAGAUCCAGAGCCUGCCUUUAGCUGGGGGGACGUGGUCUCUGGAACAGGGCUGGGCGGGAGCGAGGUGGAGACAGAGCAUCCCACGCAGGAAGGCUCAGGGGCCCCUGUCCUGCCGCAUCCAGCAGGAACCCCGCCGUGGGGGGAGAGCAGUCUGCCCCAAAGGUUCCCAGAUCCUAAAGCACACACACAGCAGGGUCCUGACCCCCCAGCCGUCAGCUUCUUGGAAUGCCUUGGGGAUACCACAAGCCUGUCCUCCCCUCAGUCCCCACACCCCCCCUUCCCCCUGCUGGAGCCUUCAAGGCCAUGUUAUCCCCCCUCACUGUAAGCCAGCUUCUGGACCAGGAGGAGUGCUCCCACACCAGCAAGGAGGGGAAACCCCAGUGCCCCCGCCUGUUGCCCGUUUCCCUGUGUGCCUGCAGCUGCCUGACCUCUUUGCCAGGCUUUGGCUCUAGGGUCCCACCAGCCCCAGCAAAACUGCUUCCAGGCCCCCUGGGGGUGCUGCGACCCCAAGAAGCUUGGGGGGUUGCACACAGGCUGUCUCCUGGCCCCCCAAGGCCACCCCUCUUGUCUGCUGUGGUCAGAGGAAAAGUGUCAUCUCUGGGAUCUGCUUCCAGGGGCCAUAGGGGUCAUGGUGUCUCUUGGCUGGUUUCCAUCAUCUCUCCCCACUUUGGGCAAGGAUCAAAGUGUCUCCGUGUGGGGGUAAGAAGAUGCGUGGUUGUCCCAUCUGAAAGAGGCCCUGGAGAAGCCAGCCUCACUGCUGAGGUUCCCUGGCCUGGAGUGGUCAUAUCUGGCCUAGACCAGGGUCAUCUGAGGCCAGCUCAGAGGCUCCAUGCCCUCUCCGCUGACACGUGAUGACAGGAGCUCUGGCUGAAUAAGACUGCGGGUUGGUCACAGCCUGAGGCCAAGGACCAUCCCUGUCGUCAGCCAGGAAAGCCUUCAUGUAUGUCUGUGCAACUGCACCAUUAGGGAUGUUUUGCUGCUUUGAGAUUCUGUGUGCGUGUCCAAGGCAGAGACUGAGGAGAGGGAGGCGGACACCUGCUGAUGGACUGUUUGACACUCUUGGCAAAGACCAGGCACAGCUACCUUCACUUGGAUGAGGGUGUUCCCAAGUAGCACAAAUGCCUUUCUGUGGAAAAAACAAAACUGCAAGCACUGCCUUUAUCCGGAUGUGCCCUGCUGGGUCAGGGCCACCCGUGGCCACUUGCUUGGCCCUGGACUUCCCUAGGCCUCAGCCAGGCAGACUCCCAGCAGCAUGACUGUGGGAGCACAGGGCGGGGGCGCCAUUCGGAGCCCUGUAGUGGGACGGCUGGUGUGGAACUUGGGUCCUGUCCUCCGCCAAGCCUGUUGGAGCGUCGCCCUUCACCAGGGAGCCCCCGGCCCGGCCCCGCCGCCCUCCGCGGUGCCCGAGUGGCAUGGAGACAGGGCACACAGCACAGGCGACAGCUGGAUGGAGUCGCCUGGGUUCCCCUCCCUGAUCUGGAAACAAAAGAGGAGAAAAUUAGGAGGCGGCACCCAGGCCUCUCAGAUUGAAUCAACCGUAAUAACAGCGUGUCUCGGC